UAGCCGCAGCUUGUAUCUGCUCUGGCGAGCAUUUCAUUUUAAGAUGUAUAUAUUUCUUUGUUGUUUUACUAUUCAAUGAAUAAUGUCACCUAAAGGGACGCCGAGAGGUUUUUAUUUUAACACUGUACUGUCUUUGGCGCGCUCAUUGGCCGCUCAUCGACCCGCGCCGAGUGACAAGGUCCAGAAGCUACAAUGCAUGUGUCCUGUGGACAUACGAGGUGUUUUCCAGCUGGAUGAAAGGAGAAGAGGUGCUGUGAUCGCUCUGGGCAUCUUUCUUGUGGAGUCUAACCUACAGCACAAGGACACUAUCGUCCCCUACUUGUUGGGUCUGCUGAGGGGAUUGCCAAGGGUGCAAUGGAUCGAAGAGUGCUCCGAGAGGAAAGGAAGAGAAACACUCCCUGUUGCGGAGAAUUUCUCUUUCGGUUUAGUGACGAUGCUCUUUGAUGUUGCUCAGAUGGACGAGUCCAUGAGAAUCCAGAUUUUGGAGGCCGUGAUGAAUCUCAUGCAAGUGCUGCAGGAAACAUGUCAGAACAUCGAAGGCCAAGAUAAAGAGUACCUCUGUAAAUACACCGUGCCCUGUUUGCUUGGCAUGGUGCGAGCAUUCGGCCGCUACAGCAACACUGAAGAGCCGCUGCUGUCCAAGCUGUUCCCGCGGGUGGCCCCUCAGACUUUAGGGACAGGAGAGGUGGAGGUGACCCGACGACGAUCCUUCAAUGAGUUUCGCUCCAUCCUGCCCAGCUCCUUCCUCGCUGUCUGCCAGACUGACUCCCUGCGCUGCAAAACCAGCAGCGUUUCCAGCAUUUCACAGCAGGCCAGUCCAGAGCGUGCCGGACUUCCUCCGAGUUCUCCUGGUGACCCCUCUGCUCCUUACUUUGAAGGUUCAUAUCUACCCGACGGCAGCGCUGUGGAUCCAGACUACUAUUUCUCCACCGUCAGCUCCAGUUUCUCUGUCUCACCACUCUUCACGGGCAGCAACAGUACAGAGUUUGAUGUACCGCUGGAUUUACUGAGACAGCUUCUGCAAAUGGUCGAGCAGUUUGUAUCCGAAUCCUUUAUGAAGACACUGGAUCAGAUGAUGGUUGGAUUUCUGGAGAUGAAUCCAGGUGCAAAUCUGUACUACAAGACCUUCAGUGAUCCUCUGUAUGUGGGCAUAUUUAAAAUGCUGAGGGACACUUUAUACUACAUGAAAGACCUGCAGACGUCGUUCGUGAAGGAGGUUCAUGAUUUUGUGCUGGAGCAGUUCAGCAGCAGUCAGUCGGAGCUGCAGAGAAUCCUGCAUGACGUGGAGUAUCUGCACAGCGAGUUAAACCCGCUUAAACUGCGCUGUCAGGCCAACGCCGCCUGCGUGGACCUCAUGGUGUGGGCCGUCACAGAGGAGCAGGGUGCGGAGAAUCUCUGCACCAAACUGUCAGAGAAACUGCAGUCCAAGACGUCCAGUAAGGUCAUCAUCGCACACAUGCCCCUGCUCAUCUGCUGUUUACAGGGUCUCGGAAGGUUAUGUGAGCGUUUCCCAGUGGUUGUUCAUUCUGUCACCAUGUCUCUGCGAGACUUCCUGGUCGUACCCUCACCUGUACUUGUUAAACUCUACAAGUACCACAGUCAAUACUCUACAGGAACCGGAGAGAUAAAAAUCCAUGUGACCAAUGAGCAUUCUCAGUCUACGUUCAGCGCUCACUCCAGUAAGAAAAGUCAGCCGUCCAUGUACGAGCAGCUCCGAGACAUCUCCAUCGACAAUAUCUGCAGGAGUUUAAAAGCAGGGUUGUCCAUGGACUCAGUCAUUGUGGAGGCGUUUCUCGCCAGUCUUUCCAACCGACUGUACAUCUCCCAGGAAAAUGACAAGGAAGCCCACCUCAUCCCCGAUCACACCAUACGGGCGUUAGGGCACAUCGCUGUGGCCCUGAGAGACACUCCUCGCGUGAUGGAGCCCAUCCUACAGAUCCUACAGCAGAAGUUCUGUCAGCCGCCAUCGCAGCUGGACGUUCUCAUUAUAGAUCAGCUGGGCUGUAUGGUCAUCACGGGAAACCAAUACAUUUAUCAGGAAGUGUGGAACUUAUUCCAGCAGAUAAGUGUGAAGGCCAGCUCAAUGGUCUACUCCACCAAAGACUACAAGGAUCAUGGAUACAGGCACUGUUCUUUGGCCGUGAUCAACGCUCUGGCGAACAUCGCUGCGAAUCUUCAGACUGAGCAGAUGGUGGACGAGCUGCUGGUGAACCUUCUGGAGUUGUUUGUUCAGCUCGGGCUGGAGGGCAAACGGGCCAGUGAAAGAGCCAGCGAGAAAGGCCCCGCCCUCAAGGCAUCGAGCAGUGCUGGUAAUUUAGGAGUUCUCAUUCCUGUCAUUGCUGUGCUGACCAAACGUUUGCCGCCCAUUAAAGAGGCCAAACCGAGACUGCAGAAGCUGUUCAGAGAUUUCUGGCUCUAUUCAGUCGUCAUGGGCUUCGCCGUAGAGGGCUCAGGGUUGUGGCCGGAGGAGUGGUACGAGGGAGUGUGUGAGAUAGCAACCAAAUCACCCCUGCUGACAUUCCCGAGUGGAGAGCCGCUACGCUCCGAGCUGCAGUAUAACUCUGCUUUGAAGAACGAUACCGUCACCCCUGCUGAACUGAAUGAUUUGAGAAGCACCAUCAUAAACCUGCUGGAUCCCCCUCCUGAAGUCACUGCUCUCAUUAAUAAACUGGACUUUGCCAUGUCCACCUACCUGCUGUCUGUCUACCGGCUAGAAUACAUGAGGAUGCUGCGCUCGCUGGACUCGGACCGAUUCCAAGUGAUGUUCCGUUAUUUCGAGGACCGAGCUAUCCAGAAGGAUAAAUCAGGAAUGAUGCAGUGCGUCAUUGCAGUUGGCGACAAAGUAUUUGACGUCUUUCUUCAGAUGAUGGCCGACAAGCCGAAAACCAAAGUCCACGAGGAGGAGUUAGAGAGUCACGCUCAGUUCCUAUUGGUCAAUUUCAACCACAUUCACAAGAGAAUCCGAAGGGUGGCUGACAAAUAUCUGUCAGGCCUCGCGGAAACUUUUCCUCAUCUAUUGUGGAGCGGUCGGGUCUUGAGGACAAUGCUGGAUAUCUUGCAGACCCUCUCGGUUUCACUCAGCGCUGACAUCCACAAAGACCAGCCAUAUUAUGACAUACCUGACACCCCGUACCACAUCACAGUGCCGGACACGUACGAGGCCAGAGAGAGUAUCGUGAAAGACUUUGCCGCCCGCUGUGGAGAAAUCCUGAAAGAGGCCAUGAAAUGGGCACCAUCGGUCACCAAAUCUCACCUACAGGAAUACCUGAAUAAACAUCAGAACUGGGUGUCUGGUCUGUCCCAGCACACAGGUCUGGCUAUGGCUACAGAGAGCAUCCUACACUUUGCUGGAUAUAAUCGUCAGAGCACCAGUCUGGGUACCACUCAGCUCACCGAGAGACCCACCUGUGUGAAGAAAGACUACUCCAACUUCAUGGCCUCCCUCAACCUGAGAAACCGCUAUACUGGAGAGGUGGCAGGCAUGAUUAAUUUCUCAGAGGCCACGCGGAGCACGUCAGACCUGAAUAAACUGAUGAUUCGACAGAUGAAUGAAGCUCUGGAUGGAGGACAGCCCGAAGCCUUCACUGAAGCCAUGUUUAAAUUAGCAGCACUGCUGAUCAGCUCCAAAGAGUGCGACCCUCAGCUCCUACAUCUCCUGUGCUGGUCCCCGUUAAAGAUGUUUACAGAGAAUGGUAUGGAAACUGCUAUAGCCUGCUGGGAGUGGCUCCUGGCUGCCAGGACUGGCAUCGAAGUUCCGUUCAUGCGGGAGAUGGCGGGCGCGUGGUUGAUGACCGUCGAGCUGAAGAUGGGGCUGUUCUCAGACGCUCAGGUGGAGGCGGACCCUCUCGCGGCCUCAGAGGAGAGCCAGCCCAUCCCCUGCCCACCCGACGUCACACCCCACUACAUCUGGAUUGAGUUCCUGGUGCAGCGCUUUGAGAUCGCAAAGUACUCCAGUGCAGAUCAGGUGGAGAUAUUUGGCAGUCUCCUGCAGAGGUCCCUCUCUCUCAAUGUGGGUGGUCCAAAGAGCAGCUUCAACCGCCACGUAGCGGCCAUCGGACCUCGUUUCAGGCUGUUGACACUCGGACUUUCCCUUCUGCACUCGGACGUAGUGACCAACACCACCAUCCGUAAUGUCCUGCGUGAAAAGAUCUACUCCACCGCCUUUGAUUAUUUCAGUGUUGCAUCUAAAUUCCCCACCCAGGGCGACAAACGUCUUCGCGAGGACAUCAGCAUCAUGAUCAAGUUUUAUGCCAACAUCCUCUCGGAUAAGAAGUACCUAGCGGCUAGUCAACUUGUGCCACCCGACAACCAGGACCCGUCACUGAACAGUUUGUCGGUGAUGAACGCCGCCGACCCCAGAAGCAACAUGGACAUGGCGGUGGGCUCGCGCCAGCAGAGUGCUCAGGGUUGGAUCAACACCGUUCCUCUGUCCAGCGGCAUGUCCACCACAUCCAAGAAAUCAGGCAUGUCUAAAAAGAGCAACCGAGGAACCCAGUUACACAAGUACUACAUGAAACGUAGGACGCUACUGUUGGCUUUACUGGCCAGUGAGAUUGAGCGACUGACCACGUGGUUCAACCCGCUAUCCACGCAGGAGCUGGCCAUCGCCACAGAGCAGUCCGUGGAGACCAGUAUCUCCAACUGGAGAUCUAAAUACAUCAACCUGAGUGAGAAACAGUGGAAAGAUAAUGUCAAUCUAGCGUGGAGUAUCGCUCCUUACCUGGCCAUGCAACUGCCAGCCAGGUUUAAAAAUGCAGAUGCCAUUGUGGCUGAAGUGAACCGCCUGGUUCGACUGGAUCCUGGUGCUGUUAGUGAUGUCCCAGAUGCUGUUAAAUUCCUUGUGACAUGGCACACUAUUGAUGCUGACUCUCCAGAACUGAGCCACAUCCUCUGCUGGGCACCUGCGGAUCCACCCACUGGACUCUCAUACUUCUCCAGCAUGUAUCCCCCCCAUCCGCUCACCGCUCAGUAUGGAGUCAAAGUACUGCGCUCUUUCCCUCCUGAUGCAAUUUUGUUUUACAUUCCUCAAAUUGUACAAGCUCUGCGGUAUGACAAGAUGGGUUAUGUGCGCGAGUACAUCCUGUGGGCCGCACAGAAGUCUCAACUCCUCGCUCACCAGUUCAUCUGGAACAUGAAGACCAACAUCUACCUGGAUGAAGAGGGACAUCAGAAAGACCCGGACAUCGGUGAGCUGUUGGAGCAGAUGGUUGAAGAGAUCACUCACUCUCUGUCUGGUCCCGCUAAAGACUUCUACCAGCGCGAGUUUGACUUCUUCAACAAGAUCACCAAUGUGUCUGCGAUUAUCAAACCUGUUCCUAAAGGAGACGAGAGAAAGAGAGCGUGUUUGAAAGCGCUGUCAGAAAUCAAAGUUCAACCAGGAUGCUAUUUGCCAAGCAACCCUGAAGCAAUCGUUCUCGACAUCGACUACAAGUCGGGAACUCCUAUGCAGAGUGCCGCUAAAGCUCCAUAUCUGGCCAAAUUCAAAGUCAAGAGGUGUGGAGUUAGUGAGCUGGAGAAAGAGGGCCUACGCUGCCCCUCCGACUCUCAAGAUGAAGCUGAUGAGAAUUCUGAGGCGCCUCAAAAGGUCUGCUGGCAGGCGGCCAUCUUUAAAGUGGGCGAUGACUGCAGACAGGACAUGCUUGCUCUUCAGAUCAUCGGUCUGUUCAAGAACAUCUUUCAGCUCGUGGGUCUGGAUCUGUUUGUGUUUCCGUACAGAGUCGUGGCCACGGCUCCUGGAUGUGGCGUGAUUGAAUGCAUCCCAGACUGUAAGUCACGUGACCAGCUCGGCAGGCAGACAGACUUCGGCAUGUACGACUACUUCAGGAACCAGUACGGAGACGAGUCCACUCUGGCCUUCCAGAAGGCUCGAUAUAACUUCAUCCGUAGUAUGGCCGCAUACAGUCUGCUGCUCUUCCUGUUGCAAAUCAAAGACAGACACAACGGAAACAUCAUGCUGGACAGCAAAGGACACCUCAUACACAUCGACUUCGGCUUCAUGUUUGAGAGUUCUCCGGGUGGAAAUCUGGGGUGGGAGCCCGAUAUCAAACUGACUGAUGAGAUGGUGAUGAUCAUGGGUGGAAAGAUGGAGGCCACGCCCUUUAAAUGGUUCAUGGAGAUGUGUGUGCGUGGGUACUUGGCCGUGAGGCCGUACAUGGAUGCUGUCGUGUCAUUGGUCACCUUGAUGCUGGACACUGGUCUGCCCUGCUUCAGAGGACAGACCAUCAAACUCCUCAAACAAAGGUUUAAUCCCAACAUGAGCGAGAAAGAAGCUGCUGCCUUCAUGAUCAAAGUCAUAGAGCGCUGCUUUCUCAGUAGCAGGAGCAAAACCUACGACAUGCUGCAGUAUUACCAAAACCAGAUCCCGUACUGACACCGGACUUGCACGUCCUCCUGCGAGCCGUCUCUCUCUCUCUCUCUCUCUCUCUCUCUCUCUGCCAUUAUCGGUCUAUUAG